UAACGAACAGGCCUACAGGCUACAGCGUACAGGGUAUCCGUCCUCUCCGUUUACUCUUUCCUCACCAUCACAUCGCCGCUGCCGCGACCCGCGGGCCGACGAGAUGAGAGCCGCCGCUGCGGCCUCCUUCCAUCUGGCACCCGCCACGAAACCGGCCCAUCGCCGCGGCUGCACCACAGAGUCCUGUUCCCUGAAGCCUGCGCCGACUGCUCGGCCACCUCGCCUCCGCUCGCUCGCCGGCCGGGCGCCUCUUGUCUGCGCCUCUCUCGGGAUAUCUCAUGAUAAAGGGUUCGACAUUUCUGACCCCAAUGUUGUUGGACAGAAUGAUUUACUGAUUGUGGGCCCUGGUGUUCUUGGGCGAAUCAUAGCUGAGAAGUGGAAAAAGGAGCAUCCAAGUUGCAAAGUUUAUGGCCAGACCGCAAGCAAAAAUCAUCACAACGAGUUAACAGAUCUUGGCAUCAUCCCCUCAUUGAAAGGCACCACUAUUCAUCAGAAGGUUCCACAUGUUAUUUUCUGCGCUCCCCCGUCUGGUUCAGAUGAUUACCCUAGGGAUGUCAGGGCUAGGGCUUGGGACCUGCUAUGUUUAGACAAGCUCAACCAUCACAGUAUCAUGCAUAGUGACAGAGAAAGGGGCUGUAAAACAUGGGUGAUUUCUCAAUUCUUGAGAUUGGCAGCAUCAAAUUGGACUGGUGAAGGAUCUUUCCUGUUUACAUCAAGUACAGCUCUGUAUGAUUGCAGUGACAACAGCAUGUGCAACGAGGAUUGUCUGUCAGUGCCAAUUGGCAGGAGCCCUCGUACUGAUAUUCUUCUAAAAGUGGAAAAUGUUGUUCUUGAGGCAGGAGGCUGUGUUCUCAGGCUGGCUGGACUUUAUAAGAUAGACAGAGGUGCACAUGUUUUCUGGUUGAGGAAAGGAACUUUAGACACACGACCAGAUCAUAUCAUCAACCAGAUUCAUUAUGAGGAUGCUGCCUCCCUUGCUGUAGCAAUCAUGAAAAAGGGACUGCGGAGUCGAAUAUUUCUGGGUUGUGACAACAAGCCCCUUUCCAGGCAAGAAAUAAUGGAUGCUGUUAACAAUAGUGGAAAAUUUGACACGAAGUUUGGAGGCUUUACUGGUACUGACGGUCCAUUGGGGAAGAGAAUGGAGAAUUCAAAAACUCGGGCUGAGAUCGGUUGGGAACCAAAGUAUCCAAGCUUCACCGAAUUCCUUGGUAUCAGCAGUUAACAUCCUUGCAUACUGUUCAGUUAGUCUGACUCAGCUGAGUAGCAACCGUGAUUAGAUUGUACCAUCGUUUGAAUUUUUAUGGCCUGAACCGGUGAUGGUGUACAUCUCAGCCUACUUUGGGCCUGUCCCCAGUAUUUUUGAUUUUCACACUAUUUGAGCUAUGAACCAGACAGAUGCCACCCCAUCCCAUCGGAUAAUAUAUAUUGUCACGUGAGUGGAUUUGUCGAUCAUGAA